AUGGCGCCACGGUCGACCGGCUGUGCCAACUGUCGGAAACGUAAGAUCAAGUGCGACGAAGGGCGUCCGGGAUGCAAAAAGUGCCAAAUCCACAACACGCCAUGCCCGGGAUACCGAGGGAUCAAACCUGACGGACUGGAAUGGCGCGACGAAACUCAGGCGGUAACGAGACGUGUGGAAAAGGGAUGGAAGGGUGGUUCCGGCAGCAGCAGUCCUGAAAACAGUAGCGAUUCCGACAGUGGUGCGCCCCUUGCCAAAAAUGUCGAGGAGCUGAGUCUAGUCGACAGGCCUGUCGCGACCGAAUACACAGUCAUACCGCAGGCUGUCUUCAGUGCUGCGACCAACCGGUCGCAGAUGUUUGAUGUCAGCAUGAGAUUGUACCGACCUACGACACUGAAUGACCAGCCACUGCGAGCGCAUAUCUCGGACUUUUCAUGUCUACAAAAGACCAUCAAUUCCAAGUCUUCACCAGCAUUGCUUGCGGCUGUUGACACGAUCAGUCUGUUGCAACUGGGAGUGUCAUACCAAGAUAAGACCUUUUUCGAGCAUGCCAGGCGGAGAUAUGGACAAGCAUUGGCCGCGUUGGUUGUUGCACUCAACAGACCAAACGUCCUUGCAAAUAAUGAUGUUUUGGGUGCUAUGAAGCUACUAGAAUUUUGCGAGCUGUUCCAUCCUGUAGCACAGCAAGGAAGUUGGAUCAGCCACGUUAAUGGAGUGGAGAACUUUUUGAUGCAGCGGGGACCAGUCCCGCUGGUAACAGAACUUGACAACAUGCUCUUCUUCCAUGCCAGACACUCUUCCAUUCUUCAAGGUGUGCUCAAACGCAAGGCCAUCCCAUUUGCUGAGCCGAAGUGGAUGGCAGUCACGAAAGACACGCCUUACACGGAUUCAUCGCCCCGUCUGUUCGACGUUUUGGUACACGUACCAGGCCUCUUUGAGCGUGCUGACAACUUAAUCGCAAGCGGCGAGCCUACGUAUCUCAAUGGUGUGAUUGCAGACCUGGUCACCGCCAUUGACCAGCUUCAAGAAUGGGAAGUCGAGUAUCACGCCGAACUGAAAGAACCGGCUUUCACCAACGUCGACAUAGCGACAUUCAAAAGGUACACACGACUAUGCCACAACAAGACAUUCCCACUGGCCAUCGACUUCCCCGAUUUCCUCACCGGAUACCUACAGUCGAUAUACUGGCUUUAUCUCUUCACUAUUGAGCGCACGCUUCAGGAUAUCUUGAUGAAGUAUCCUGGUAGCAAGUGCACCUACCCGCUCGACGAAUUGAACAGGCGAAUCUUACAGAUCGCUAUCUACAUGUGUCAGAUGAUGCCAUACUUCUGCGAGCCCGAAGCCUCGUCAAUGGGCCGCUUCGCCACUUUUAUGCCUUUAGUGUUUGCACUCAAGUAUUUCGAGGCACGUGGAAUGAAGGCACAAAAAGACUGGUGCCAGGAUGUCACCGAUGCCAUGUUUAAUGAUGGCAUCAAUCCACCAUGGAAGUUGGAUAUAGCCAAAGGGCUAAAGCCAGGCGAGAAGAAACAAAUUGCCUAG